AUGCGCUGCGCCGAGCUCACCGCACAGCCGGCAGGCAAGGGGGUUGGCCGGCAUUUUAGGCAUUGCUGGGAAGGGCAAUCCUUGGCGUCGCGCUCCAGCGCGCUGCGGGGGUCGCAGCUGGCUGUGCCGACUCCUUGCCGCAAGACUGUUCGCCCCAAGGUGGCCCAGCCCACCCAGGCGGUGGCUCAGGUGGAUGCCAAGACACAGGCCCACGCCCAGAAAAUCACGGUCAGCACCAAUGGCUCAGAGUUUGGUGCCACGGAGAUGUCGCGGACGGUGCUGGGCAUCAUCCUUGGCGGCGGCGCCGGCUCCCGCCUCUACCCGCUGACCAAGAAGCGCGCCAAGCCCGCGGUGCCCCUGGGCGCCAACUACCGCCUCAUCGACAUUCCCGUCUCCAACUGCAUCAACUCAGGCGUCAACAAGAUCUACUGCCUCACCCAGUUCAACUCCGCCUCACUCAACCGCCACCUCUCCUCCGCCUACAACUCCAACGUCGGCGGCUACAACAGCCGCGGCUUUGUGGAGGUGCUGGCCGCCAGCCAGACCACCACCACCAAGGAGUGGUUCCAGGGCACCGCCGACGCGGUACGCCAGUACAUGUGGCUCUUCGACGAGGCCUGCCGCGACGGCGUGGAGGACUUCCUCAUCCUGUCGGGUGCGGCGGCGGCGGCGCUGCCGCGCCGCCAGCAGCACGACUUUGGCAGCGACAUCAUCCCGGGCGCCAAGGAGCUGGGGUGCAAGGUGCAGGCGCACCUGUUCAAGGGCUACUGGGAGGACAUUGGUACCGUGCGCGCUUUCUACGAGUCCAACCUCGCCCUCACCGACUCACCCAACCCCAACUUCAGGUGCGGCGGCGGCAGGGGCGGGGUGGGGUGGGUGGGGGGGGAUGUGGAGCGCUCCAUCCUGGGCGACGGCUGCAUCGUGGAGCCAGACGCCAAGAUCCACCACUCGGUCAUCGGCCUGCGCUCCAUCAUCCGUGAGGGCUGCGUGAUUGAGGACUCGCUGCUGAUGGGGGCAGACUAUUACGAGCAGUACGAGGAGUGCGAGGCGUUUGCCGACUGCCUGCCGCUGGGCGUGGGCAAGGGCACGCACAUCAAGGGCGCCAUCGUGGACAAGAACGCGCGCAUCGGCAAGUUCUGCAAGAUCGUCAACGCAGAGGGCAUCCAGGAGUCGUUCAAGACUGAGGAGCAGGGGUGGGUGAUCCGCGACGGCGUGGUGGUGGUGAUCAAGGACUCCAACAUCCCUGACGGUACCAUCAUCUGAGCUGGCACGCGCUGAGCUGGCGCCGGGCCCGAGAGCUGGCACCUGCCUCUUGCUCCUCCAGUGACCCCUCCCCCUGGGCCCGUGGCCCAGCCGGGGCGCGCAGCCCAGGCCGCGACGCCACAGCCGUCCUGCCCGCCACCCAUUCUUUCGAGCGAUUGCCGCCCAGGCAGUCGGGCGUGCAGCCAGCAAGACGGGGGGCUGGCGCAGCAGCUGGGCAUGCCACCAAGCCCGCCAGCGCGUGCGCCGCUGGCAGCCCGCGCUGGUCCCCCUUUUUUGUUAGUCUCGCCCCGCCC